AUGUAUGAAUUAAAGAUUUUUGUUUGGGAUCUCAAUUUUGAUAGUCAUGUGGCCACUUUACAUUUUGCCAUUACGGUUGAAUCUCGUAAUCAAGCGGAAAAUGAUAAGGAAGCCCUAAGGAAUGAUUUGGCUGACCUUGGAAAAUAUCUUGAUGAUAUUGGUAGUGGUAUAACCGAUUCCAAUAAAAAUGUUGCGCAAUUGGUCACUCAGUUGAUCGUAAUGAAUAGUACGAUGGAACAUUUACACGCGGAACAAAUCAAAAAUAAUAAUACGGAAAGUCAAGGUAAAAUUGAUAAUAUAUUUAAAGAGGAACGACUUCCAUUAAAUGAUUAUAAACCGACAGAUGAUGUUCGUGCUUCGCCUCGUCCUUCCAUUAACCGUAACCAUCCGCGUGUUAAUAGCACUGAUACUUUUGCACUCACCCCACAAGAUGAAAGAAUGUUUAAUGCUGGUAGUUUAUAUCAUAUGGGCGUUUUAAUAGAACGAAAUAGAGAAUUAGGUGAAUAUUAUAUGAAAUUGGCUGCUUAUAAACAGCAUCAACCUGCAAUCGAUUUUUGUAAAAAAUGUAAUAUUCCUUUGUGA